CUGGAUCCCAAAAAAAUAAGACAAUUGUGACUUUUCAGAGGUGAAAUGUCAUUUUUGGCCCUUUAAAAUAAAAGCCCUCAUCACCACGAUUUGAUCCUCUUUCCUUCGGGCUUCAACCUCGAAAAUCUCUCUGCUUCCUAAAACCUCUCACGAUCUCCGCCUCAGCUGCGGCGAACUCCGGCGAGCGGUUGUUCACAGUGCAUACCUUCGCCGUAUUCUUCAUCGUGGUUCUUCUUCACGUGCUUACUUCGUCGUAUUCUUCGCGGUUCUUCGUCUUCGGCUUCUUCUUCCCUAUUCAUUGGAAUGAAUGAUUUCUGCAAGGUAGUUUAAGAAUGACUCGUGUUCGUAUUUUCGUUCGUUAUGGCGGAGUAUGGAAUGACAAACAAACAGAGUAUCAAGGAGGUCUUUUGAAAGGUAUUGUUGUAUGUAAAGAAAUAACUUACCAAGAUUUAUUGGAUGAAUUAUAUGCCCUCACAGAAGCUGACCCCAAAGAGUCUGAUAUGAAAAUCAAGUGCAUAUAUGAGAUAAAAGCUAGGAAUCAAACUCCUCCAUUUGAGAUAAGCAAUGACCGUGAUUUGAAUUUUUAUCUUAUGGGUGAAGAUACGUCUGAAGUCCCCCUGUACAUCUCAUUUGAACCUAGGAGUAGAGAUUUGACUGAAGUCGAAAGUCAAAGUCAAAAUAAUAGUAUGAUGUCCCACAAGGAAGAUAUCUCACGAGAAAGAAAUGCAAAUGUAGAUUGUGAAGCUCCUGUGGAGCCCGAAUGUGAUCAUGUUCCUAAAGUAGAUCGUAAAAGAAAACUUAAAGUCAAUUAUGAGUCUGACUCAGUGGGCCAAAAGAAAUACAUGAAAAAAAAUGUUUGGUCGGAAGGAAGCUCUACAAAUGAUGAAUUUGAUGUUGGACAAAUAUUUUUUGGCAAGAGAGACUUGUCCAUGAAAUUAAGUGUCAUGGCAAUGAAAAGAAAUUUUGAAUUUAGAGUAAAGAAGUCCACAAAAGAGUUAAUUUAUAUUGUAUGUGUUGAUGAAAAUUGUAAGUGGAGAAUACGGGCACUCAAAUUGGGGGGUUCAGACAUAUUCAGGAUUUCAAAGUAUGUGAAUGUUCAUUCAUGUUCACUUGAUCUUAUGAAUCGUCAUCACAGACAAGCUAAAGCUUGGGUAGUGGGAGAAUUAAUAAAAUCUAAAUUCAAUGGAGUUCGUUGUCAAUACAAACCACGGGAGAUCAUAGAAGACAUGAGACAAGAUUAUGGUAUUAAUAUGAGUUAUGAGAAAGCAUGGCGUGCGAGAGAAAAUGUUUAUAUGCAAGUAAAGGGAUCAUCGGAGGAGUCAUAUAAUCUAUUGCAUCGAUAUGGUGAAGCAUUGAAGUUGGCAAAUCCAGGUACAUUUUAUGAAAUUCAACUUGAAGAUGGAAGUUUCUUCAAAUAUCUUUUUAUGGCUCUAGGUCCAUGUAUCCGAGGAUUUUUGAAUUGCAUACGACCUGUUAUUGUUAUAGAUGGAACUGUUUUGAAGAACAAAUAUCGGGGUACCUUGAUAGUUGCCACUUGCUUAGAUGGUAAUAAUCAGAUUUAUCCCAUUGCCUUUGGAAUUGUAGAUAAAGAGACCGAUGACUCCAUAAAAUGGUUUUUUGAAAAGUUAAAGGGUGCAAUAGGUGAAGUUAAGGAUCUAAUUUUUGUUUCAGAUCGAAAUAAUAGCAUAGCGAAGUCUAUUGCUAUUGUGUUUCCCACUGCAUUUCAUGGUCUUUGCAUUCACCAUUUGAAGCAAAAUUUGAGUGCUAAGUUCAAUAAUGAAACAAUUGAUUAUUUGUUUGUCAAUGCUGCAAAAGCCUAUCGUGAGUCACAAUUUAGGGAGUUGUGGGAGCGUAUUUCAGCAUUUGAUAAUGGUGUGGGAAUGUAUUUAGAAGAAGUUGGACUUUCACGUUGGACACGUAUAUAUUGCCCAGGAAGACGCUACAAUAUGAUGACUACAAAUAUAGCAGAAUCCAUGAAUGCUCUAUUGAAAGAAGCUAGAGAAUUGCAUGUUGUUUCAGUAAUCGAACAUGUGAGAGCUUUGUUACAAAGGUGGUUUUCAGAGCGUCGUGAUGAAGCCUCAAAAGUUACAUCCACGUUGACGAAAUGGGCAGAAGAAAUUGUGCACAAAAACCAAGAUCAAUCUACAACAAUGAAGGUUAAUUCAAUUAAUUGUCAUCAAUUUCAUGUGGUAGAUGUAGAUAAAGAGGAGACAGUGAACCUUAAUACUCGGGAGUGCACUUGUAUGGAGUUUCAGUUCAACCAACUACCAUGUGCACAUGCAAUUGUUGCAGCAAGGAAGCAGAAUAUAGAUGUAUACAGUUUAUGCGCUCAUUACUAUACUAAUGAAUGUCUGUUGGCUGCAUAUGCAGAUGCUAUUUUUUCAGUUGGUCCUACUUCGGAGUGGAAGAUGCCAUCAGACUAUGUGGAAAUGAAUGUCUUACCUCCCAAAUUUGUGGCAAAGGUUGGUCGGCGCCAGAGCAAAAAAAUCACAUCUACAGGUGAAAGUGAAACUCCCAAAAUGCAUAAAUGUGGCAGAUGUGACCAAAAAGGCCAUAAUAGAGCAACGUGUCGUUAUCCCAUUACAUACACUGAUAAGUGAAAUGUAAGGUAUUAAACUAAGUACUUGUUGCAAUUCUAAAUGUUGAAGUACUUUUAAAGUUUUUUGAGAUAUUGGAUUGCAAUGUAAUUAGGUAUCUGAUAUCUUUCAUGCAGAAGAUGUUGGAUGAAUUUUUGUUUGUAAAUGCAAUUUUAGAUUUACGUCAGGUAAGAGUCUAAAAAUUUUUUUGUUGCUCCAAAA